AUGGCGGCGGCACAGCUGCAUCCCUCUGUGAAGAAUUACGUGGAAGAGAAGUUAGGUAAGGCAGUGCAAAAGCAUAGCCAUUUAGUGAGGGAAGUCGAUGUCAGGUUGUCCAUCCAUGGUGGAGAGGUAGGGAAAGGCCCAAAAGUGCGAAGGUGUGAGGUUACUUUGUUCACCAAGAAACAUGGAGUGGUUAGAGCAGAAGAAGAUGCUGAGUGGCUCUAUGGGAGCAUAGAUUUGGUUUCUUCCAUUAUCCAGAGAAGGUUGAGGAAGAUCAUGGAGAAAAACUCGGACCAUGGUCGACAUAUGAAGAGCUUCGACAGAUGA